CUCGAAGGUGGCUGUGGUGAAGGUGCAGGCCGUUGGAGCCGCUCCGAGGCAGGUUUGGAUGGUAGAUUUUACCUCAAUUUGUAUCUCUCUCCACAUUUAUGGAGGCAGAAGUCUGGAAGUUCCCUUCCACUGAAUCUCCCAGGUGACUAUGAAAGGCUUAUAUUUUCAACAGAGUUCUACAAGUGAAGAAAUAACAUUUGUGUUCCAAGAAAGGGAAAAUCUUCCUGUUACAGAGGAUAACUAUGUGAAGCUUCAAGUUAAAGCUUGUGCUCUGAGCCAGAUAAAUACAAAGCUUCUAACAGAAAUGAAGAUGGAGAAGGAUUUCUUUCCUGUUGGGAGAGAAGUUGCUGGAAUUGUGUUAGAUGUUGGAAGCAAGGUAUCAUUCUUUCAACCAGGUGAUGAAGUAGCUGGAAUUUUACCCUUGGAUUCUGAAGACCCUGGACUUUGUGAAGCUGUUCGAGUACAUGAACAUUACUUGGUUCACAAACCAGAAAAAGUUGCGUGGACAGAAGCUGCUGGAACCAUUCGGGAUGGAGUACGAGCCUAUACAGCUCUGCAUUAUCUUUCUCAUCUCUCUCCUGGAAAGUCAGUGCUGAUAAUGGACGGAGCAAGUGCACUUGGAACAAUAGCUAUUCAGUUAGCACACCAUAGAGGAGCCAAAGUGAUUUCAACAGCGUGCAGCCUUGAAGACAAGCAGUGUCUUGAAAGAUGUAGGCCUUCUAUAGCCCGAGUGAUCGAUGUGUCCAAUGGGAAAGCCCAGGUUGCUGAAAGCUGUUUAGAAGAAACAGGUGGCCUUGGAGUAGAUAUUGUCCUAGAUGCUGGAGUGAGAUUAUAUAGUAAAGAUGAUGAACCAGCUGUAAAAUUACAACUACUACCACAUAAACAUGAUAUCAUCACCCUUCUUGGUGUUGGAGGCCACUGGGUAACGACAGAAGAAAACCUGCAGCUGGAUCCUCCAGAUAGCCACUGCCUUUACCUCAAGGGAGCGACGGUGGCUUUCCUUAAUGAUGAAGUUUGGAAUUUGUCAAAUGUACAACAGGGAAAAUAUCUUUGUAUCUUAAAAGAUGUGAUGGAGAAGUUAUCAACUGGUGUUUUUAGACCUCAGUUGGAUGAACCCAUUCCACUAUACGAGGCAAAAGUUACCAUGGAAGUUGUUCAGAAAAAUCAAGGAAGAAAGAAGCAAGUUGUUCAAUUUUAAUUUUGUUCUUUCUCAGACCUCAGUUGGAUGAACCUAUUCCAGUAUUGAAGCCAGAGUUUCCUUGCAAAUUGCUCAGAAAAGUCAAGGAAGAUAAAAGCAAAUUUUUAUGUUUUUAAGCACGUUUUCCUGCUGAGACACGAUGCUCAGAAUUAUCUGAAGUAUUUGAAAAGUAUUUGGAAACAACGUACAGACGGUUCAAGACAAUUCUAAAAUUUAACAUCUAAAGGGAAUAUUCUGAAAGCCUUUUAAAUUAUCGUUCCUAUAUAUUUGCCUCUUACAAAAUUCUUUACAUGAAGAAGACUGCUUUCAGCAGAA